AUGAGCACAGGUUUUCUGUUACACCACACUGUCGCUAUGCCUGAAUUCAACUGGGCGGAUGGUCGUGGCUUGGUCGAGCGGCAGGCAGUACUCGGCAAUCUCAGGGAACAGUAUCUGCAUAACUUUGAUGCCUUAAAAUACCUCAGUAGGCAGCGGUGCCGCCCGACACCAAAUUAUGGUCACGGUGAGAUGCGAUGCCCACAUCGCCUCAGCCCAAAGUUGGAGGAAGGGUAG